AUGGAAGUCCAGACCCCGACUGAUGAGACCGGCUCCGUUCUGUGCGUCUCUGCUUUCGACUCGUCAUGUCAAAGUGCCCAUCCAAUGUUCGCUAGUGAUAGCAUGCCUCGGCUGGGUAUAGGCGCAGAGAACGAAUCAGAGCACGCAGUUAAAUAUCCAUCUUGCACAUGUCAUAAAACGGGACGAAACCUCGUCGUUUGCAUUGACGGAACUUCGAAUCAUUUCGCUCAAAAGAACACCAAUGUGAUGGAGAUGUACCAGAAUCUCGUCAAAGACGAUAGCCAGGUGGCAUGUUAUAUCAACGGCACUAGAACAUUCACAAGGCUAUCAUGGAUGUCAUUGAGUUUCUGGAAGCAGAUUUUGUCCCACACGGCUGAUCUCGCUUUCGCUUGGAAAUUCAAAGGCACCAUUAUCAGCGCGUAUCAUUGGCUCUCGGAAAAUUACACCGAAGGAGACCGGAUUUUUCUAUUCGGUUUCUCUAGAGGAGCUUACGAAGUUCGCGCUUUAUCUGCAAUGAUCGACAAGGUUGGGCUCGUGCACAAAGGCGAUCGCGACCAAAUUCCUCUCGCAUACAAGCUGUAUACAAGAUCAAAGAAACAAGACCUACAAUCGAGUACUAUGAACGACGAUUCUGAGAAAGUACAAUGGAAGCCGGGAGCGACACCACCAGAUUCUGCAGAUAGCUUCAAGAGGAUUUUUGCGAAGAAGGUGACGGUACAUUUUGUGGGCGCCUGGGAAACAGUGUCGUCUAUUGGGGCAAUCCGACGCAAAACCGUGCCCGGUACGACCGAUAGUAUGAACGUCUGCUUUUUUCGACACGCUCUCGCACUUGACGAGCGUCGAGUUAAAUAUCUUUCGACUCCUUCAGAGGCGGAUAAGCACGACACAUCCAAACAUACAAAAGAAGUUUGGUUCGAUGGAACUCAUUGCGACCUAGGAGGCAAACACAACAAAGGCACUACUAUGGAACUCGGCAAGCCGCCUUUGCUGUGGAUGUGCCGAGAAGCACAAUCUGCCGGGCUUCGUCUGUCGAAUACGGACGCGAGAUUGGACUGGAGCCCACAUGACUCUGUUUGUAAAUCCUCUACCGAAGGUGCUUUCCGUGAUAUGUCUAUGAAGAGGUUGUCGCGCAAGGUCGUGCGCAGUACGACAGCUUUCAUUACCCGUAGCGUUGGACGACAAAUACAGCUUGGACAAAAGAUACAUCCAACAGUAUUCUUUCCCUCUGAAUCGUACAAGCUAGGCGUUCUCCCUCUGGCACUAAGAAAAAGCGUCAAUCCAACUCCAUGCCUAGGCGAAUACUCACAAUCAGAUUCCAUUGCACAAUGGUCACCAUGGAUGGACAUGGAUUUCCAUGAUAUCGCACGAGCAAUCAUCAAGCAUUUCGAGGGUUUGCCCACUAACCCUGUUUUGGGAGCGCGAGCUUUGAAACAAUUGAUAUCAAUUGGUGCGUGGAAAUACACGCUCGUAUUAUUAUAUGCUCUUAGAGUCCAUUGGAUCGAUCCAGACGAAGGAGUUUCUGCUCUCCGCGAGAUACCAGAAGCAACUGAUUCUUUGUUAUUUGCCUGGGAGAAUUUGUGCGAGAAGGAUUUCGAAAUAGCCCGAGACUCCAUUCAAGACGCGCUGGGAAAGACAGCAAAGAUUGUUGACGAUUUCAGUCGCUACGCAGCUCAAACAUCCGGUGUAACGUCCACUGCGAUUUCUCCGGACGGGACACUCAUCGUCUCAGGGUCGAUGGAUCACUCUGUUAGAACAUGGGAUGCAAUCACUAACCAUCUUAUAGCGUCUUUCGAAAGGCACAGUGCUCCAGUCACCUCCGUUGCCUUUUCGUAUGACGGGGCGAAAAUCGUUUCUGGUUCCUGGGAUCAGACAAUAAUUAUCUGGGACGUCGCUAGCGCCGAAAUCACUGGGAAACCGUUGAAAGGACACACGAACCGUGUCACUUGUGUCGCUUUUUCACCAGAUGCGAAAUUCGUUGGUUCAGCUUCCGUGGAUCAAACGAUACGUUUGUGGGAUACACAAACAGGAAAAAUUACAAUAAUUCUCAAACAACCCUACUCUAUCAAUUCCUUCGCAUUUUCGCCAGAUGGGAAUCGCCUUGUUUCGGGCUCUUUAGAUCGAACGAUCCGAAUCUGGAAUGUAAAGACUGGUCGCCCUACUGACCAAAUGUUCUCAGGACACACAGGCUUCGUUACUUGUGUCGCAUUCUCGCCUGAUGGACAGCGUAUCGUGUCAGGAUCUGUGGACCAGACCAUACGGGUCUGGGAUGCGGUGUCCGGAUUUCCCAGAACCUCACUGCAAGGGCAUGCCGGCACCAUCACGUCGGUAGCUUUUUCGCCUGACGAGAGACACAUCGUGUCCGGUUCUUCGGAUCGAACUGUUCGAGUUUGGGAGAUAGAUGCUGGCGUAGCCAUCGGCGAUCCCUUCAAGGGGCAUAAUGGAUACGUCACAUCCGUCAUGUUUACACCCGGCGAGAGACAUCUCGUGUCCAGCAGUCUGGAUGGAACUAUCAAAUUCUGGCGAGCCUACCCUUUCAUAGGACACCAAGAUAGCGUCAAUUGCAUCGCAUUCUCGCCAGAUGGAAGACGCAUCGUUACGGGCUCGGGCGAUAAGACAAUUAGGAUUUGGGAUGCAGAGACUGGGGACGCCAUCGGAAAGGCAUUGCAAGGGCACACCAACGCGAUCUACUCGAUCGCAUUUUCUCCAAACGGAAAGCGUAUCGUCUCGGGCUCAGGUUCUGUCGACAGAACGAUGCCUGGGGUCGAUAGGACGAUCCGCGUCUGGGACAUGACGACAGGCGAGGUUGUUGGGAAGCCAUUCGGGGGGCACCGAGAUGACGUGAACUGCGUCGCAUAUUCGCCAGACGCGAAGUACGUCGUUUCGGGCGCAGGAGACAGAACGAUUCGGUUCUGGAAUGCAAGGACUGGCGAAGGUAUUGGAAAGCCGCUGCACGGGCACCGAAGCGGUGUCUUCUCCAUCGCAUAUACACCAGACGGAAAACGUAUCUUUUCGGCAUCUUGGGACGGAGCUAUCUUGGCAUGGGAUGCAGCUGGCGCUGCGGCCGGUGGAGUCGUAUGCAAACCCUUUAUCGGACGCGCACGACUCGCUUCGUGUAUUGCCUACUCUCCUGACGGUGCGCGCGCUGUUUCGGGCUCCGAGGACGGAACCCUACGACUCUGGGAUACUGAGCGUGGCGAGGCUAUCGGUGAGGCUUGGCAAGGACAUCGAGAACCUGUCUCCUGCGUUGCAUUUUCCGCAGACGGCACGCGCUUUGUUUCAGGAUCCGAAGAUCAAACAGUCCGAGAGUGGGAUACAUCGACUGGAGAAGGGAUUGGACAGCCAUUGGAGAGUCACGGUAUGGCCGUCUUCUCAAUUGCGAUUUCGCCAGAUGGAAAACGAAUGGUGUCGGGUUCUAAAGAUGGUUUCAUCAAUGUUUGGGUCAGGGAAGAGGGGGAGAGCACUGGCACAUUGUCCGCGAGGUGGCAGCCUCAUUCUCCUUGUGUCGAAUCCAUCGACACGGCAUCUCAGAAAUCCUUGAAACAUAAUUGA